AUGAAUGUUUUAAAACAUAAAUUCAAAAAAGUAAUCUUUCAUGUGACUGAACGUGUUUAUUCUCCGAAAUCAUACUUCUCAAUUUCGAGACCAUUACAUCAAUUAUGUAAAAUUGAUUCCUUUGGCUGGUUUUUAUUGACAAUACCAGCAUCUACCUUCUCAUUAGGAGUUUGGCAAAUUCAGCGAAAGUCCUGGAAGGAAGCACUUAUUGCAGAUUUAGAAGAAAAAACUAAUAGUCAACCCACUUCCCUUCCUGAAAAUAUUGUAGAAAUAAAUCAACUAGAGUAUAAGCCAGUGCAUGUGAGAGGACAGUUUCUACAUGAUAAAGAAUUAUACAUGGGACCUAGGUCCCUUCUUGUUCAUGGAGAUGCUAGUUCAAACAGUUCACUAGUGUCAGGAAAUUCAAGUUCAGGAUAUUUAGUAGUUACACCAUUCAAGUUAGAGGGCAGAGAUGAGACAAUUCUUGUGAAUCGAGGAUGGGUACCAGCAAAACAAAAAGAUCCAAGAACCCGUCAAAGAGGGCAGGUUGAGGGAACCGUGGAUGUGAUUGGUAUAGUCAGGACCAAUGAAAAUAGACCAAACUUUGCUAUGAAGAACCAAGAAGGAAGCAACUGUUAUUUUUAUAGAGAUUUGGAAACGAUGGCUACAAAAGCUGGUACUGCACCUAUAUAUCUUGAUGCCACAAUUGAUUAUGAUGUUCCCCUAGGUCCAGUUGGAGGUCAAACACGAAUUUCGAUGAGAAAUGAACAUUUGUCUUACAUACUCACUUGGUUUUCAUUAAGUGGUGCUACUAGUUUUAUGUGGUAUAAGAAAUUCUGGAAAUAA